AUGUCAGAGGAUUUGGCGUGCUUUGCCCCCGGUAGCGGCGGGGUGGGGGCUGUCUCGUCUUUUGAGCGGUUCGUGGAGGUGAGUUCCUGUCAGAUUUUGGCCAAAGGGAGAGCGCUGAUGAAAGGCCUCUUCAUCAUCCUAAUGGGAUACACAAACCUCGGAAACCACGGAUUCAGCCGGGACAGGGCCGAGAGGAGGAGGAUCAGGACACACACAGUUGUACAAUGUAUACAGAAGGCAGACGCAUGUAAACAGACUAAAGCUUUGGGAGGAGGUCAGUGGGACAGGACUCCUGGGAACGGCUGCCCGUCCUGA